AUGCUAACAGGAACUGCAGCUAGUGGUCCACAGGUAUUUACUUACCAGAAACUCUCCAAGGCUACUAAAGGCUUCAGCAAAGAUAACUUAUUGGGAACUGGAGGCUUUGGUAGUGUUUACAAGGGGGUGUUUUAUGAUUCUGCUACAACAGUAGCUGUUAAACAAAUCAACGUGACAUCUAAGCAAGGCUGGUGCUAUGACGGAGAGAAACUCCUGUUAGUGUAUGAGUACAUGCCAAAUGGAAGCCUUGAUAAAUACAUCGGCAAGAUUUUUCUUGAUUGGGACACCAGAUUCAAGAUUCUAUCAGGUCUAGAAUCAUCACUUGUGUAUCUUCAUGAAGAAUGUGGUAAUCCUAUUGUAUAUCGAGACAUUAAGCCGAACAAUGUGAUGCUAGACACCAAGUAUAAUGCUCACUUGGGUGAUUUUGGGCUAGCAAGAUUACUCCAAAAUGAGAACUUUGUUACAACAAUGGUGGCUGGCACUCCAGGAUACCUAGCACCGGAAGUUAGCUAUACAGGGAGAGCUACCCCGGAGUCUGAUGUCUAUAGUUUUGGAAUGGUUGUAUUAGAAGUGGUAUGUGGACGAAGAUCAAAAGGGAUUAUGGAUGAAAAUAGCUUAGUCGAUAAAUGUGUACCUAAUAAAGUGGGAAUGACUGUGGUCCCUAAUGAGAAAAAUGAUCUUGUUUCAAUGAGUCCGGUGACUGGAUGA